CCGGUGAGUGGAGGUGCGUCGCCGUCGCGGCAGGGUCCCAGUCGCUCUCCUCACGGCUCUGAGGGCAGAUUAAAAAUUACUUCUCCCAGCCCCGCUGCCCAGAGAACCGGCACCGACACUCCUCAGCCAUCCCCACACGACAGCCCCAGCCGCUCCGCCCGAGUGUCGCCACCCCGGCAUGAGGUGAACUGGCGAGGCCGGCGAGCCCCGUCGACGCAGACGCGGGGCGAGUUUUGUCGGGCGAGACCGGCCGUGGAAAUGUCGCCGUGCCGUGGGAGUACCCGUCUCCCCCGACGCGGGAGUUCCUGAGCCGCGUUUGCCCGGGACCUCUAGUGGCUCGGGGAGUCCGUGCCCGGUGUCCGGAGCGGCGAGCAGGACCGGGGCGAUGGCGGGGCUGGCGCGGCUGCUGUGCGCCCUGCUGGCGCUGCGGUGCUGCCGGGCCGGCCGGCGCGACUCGGCGGAGCUGGGGUCCGGCGCGGCGCCUCCAGAGGAAGUGGAUUUGCUGGAGCAGAUUUCCUCCCAGGCUGUGAACAACAGUGACGUGUCCCUGGCUGAGGAUGAGCAGAAGUGCCCGGUGCUGCACAUCGGCCAGUACGCCACGCUGAGCCUGCCCACGCACCACGCUUUCGGACCAAGCUUCGCGGAUGAGUUCAGCGUGCUGCUGGAACUGAGGAGCGCCCUGCGAGAGGACACCAGUGUCCUGACCCUGCUCGACCACGGCGGCCACAUCCUGCUGCAGAUCAGACUGAACCCCUACACUCUGACCUUCGUCACCACCAGCAGGCGGGACUACGAGUUCCCCGUGGGCGUGCUGGCGGACGGGGAGUGGCACCGCGUGGCCCUGGGCGUGUCGGCGCGGCGCCUGGAGCUGUUCGUGGACUGUGCCCUGGUGGAGGGCGUGGCCUGGAAGAACUACUUCGGCAUGGGCAUCGCCACCGACGGGCUGCUGAUGGUCGGGGGGAUCGUCGAGACCUUCGAGACGCCCUUUGAGGGGUCUUUGCGGCAGAUGACCUUUGUGAUGGGCGACCCAGAUGCUGCCCGAGAGCACUGCGCCCUCUACCUCCCCAUCUGCGGGGGGGUGUCUCCCAAGCCCCCUCGCUCCCCCAGGAUCCCCAACACGCGCGGGCUGGAGGAUCCAGUGCUGUCCUCUAACCAUCUUGAAGACUUGUUGGAGAACUCUGGAAGCUCCACUGACAUUGAGGGUCUGUUCAUAGAUUUCGCUGCUCAGACGCCGAUGCCGCCAAGGGUGGCUCACCCCCGCGGAGACGGCACUUCGCCCUCGGGCCCCGGAAGACCGCCCUCCGUCAUCCGAGGCGAUGUUUUCCUCAUCGAGGAGGGUGACCCGGAGAACGGGCCGCUCGGCGAGAGCCCUCGUGCGGGGCAGCCCCUGGGCCGCACCUCGGACAGCGCGGUGGACCGGCCGGACCCUGCCCCCUCCUCCCCUCCCCCGCCCCGCCGGGGGCCGCCGAAGGGGCCCCGUGGUGGGGGCGCCUCGAGAGCUGGCAAACCGGACUCGGCGUCCAAAACCCCCGAGGAGAACGUCACCACGGACAAGCGGAAGGGGCACAGCGGGUCCGGGGCUCUGGGCCCGUUCCCGGGGAAGCCGUCGGAUGACAUCAUCGACCUGGACUCCUCCUCCUCCUCCUCCGUCUUGCUCAAGAAGCCCUCCCUGCGAAAGCCCCCCCCGCACGGCUCCCAGCCCCCCCGCCCCGACUCCAAGGUGCUGAUGGAGGAGGAGCUGCUGCUCCCGACUCGCGCGCCUCCCAGGGCCGGCGGCGGGCAGGGGAACAGCAGCGGGGGGGGUGGGAGCACCCUGACCGGCCCCGCCACCCGCAAGUACAAAGAGGGCGCGGUGGUGCAGGGGUCCGACGGCAGGCCCUACCGACUCAAGAAAGGCCCCCCAGGGCCACCUGGACCCCCGGGGAAGAAAGGCUGCUCAGGAAGAAGAGGUUAUCCUGGAUUUAAAGGGUCUAAGGGCUCUCAAGGUGAGAUGGGACGUAACGGGCUGCCGGGAGAACCAGGCCUGCCCGGACCCGCUGGGCUUCCCACCCUGUACCUGUGGAGGAACACAGAGGAGGAGUGGGCCACGUUUCGGCAAACCUCUUUCUUCCAGUUGCUGCAAGCAGGCUGGCCUAAAGAGCAGGGGCCUCCUGGUCCUCCUGGGGAAAUGGGGAAGCCAGGACUCCCGGGCAUACCUGGAGAUCCGGGGCCGAGGGGAGCUCGUGGACCCAGAGGCUAUGUGGGUGACCCGGGUCCGAAGGGAGUGUCCGGCCGGGCCGGUUGCCGGGGGUCAGACGGCGUUCACGGGAUCGACGGACAUGCGGGCCCGCAGGGGAGACCCGGCCCGCAGGGGCCUCAGGGUUACAAAGGAGAAAACGGGCCCAAAGGAGAGAAGGGGGAUGAUGGUUUCGUUGGCCAAGUGGGUCCUGCUGGAGACGGAGGGAAGGAAGGAGAGAAGGGCUCGAAGGGGGAGAUCGGCCCGCCGGGUCCUGUGGGGGCGCCUGGCCAGCAGGGCAGCCGAGGGUCCGCAGGACUGCAAGGGCCUCGGGGACCACCUGGGGAGAUCGGGCCGCUGGGAAGAGCUGGGCCUCCUGGCGCUGCAGGAGACACCGGGCCUACAGGAGCGGUCGGCGCCCAGGGGAUUAACGGGUCGCAGGGAGAUUCUGGCCCUGCAGGUCCUCCUGGCCCCAGAGGCCCUCAGGGGCCGCCGGGGUUACAGGGAGUGAGGGGCUCUCCUGGGCGACGGGGACAGCAGGGCCAGCCAGGGAAAGAGGGAUCUCCAGGCCCCAAGGGGCACAUGGGGACAGAAGGGCCUAUGGGAGCCAGAGGAGAGCACGGGUUCGAGGGUCCGAUGGGUGAAAUUGGUUCUCCGGGUCCGAAGGGGAUGCCAGGUAGCAGAGGGAGCAGAGCCCCAGAUGGAGACAAAGGUGAUGCCGGGCCAACAGGAGAGCGAGGGCCAAUGGGUCCUCCUGGGGUCAAAGGUCCUCUUGGGGUCAGUGGUCAGAGUGGCUUCCCAGGAUUCCCUGGGCCAAAAGGUCAGCUAGGCACCCAGGGCAUUCAGGGUGAAGAUGGAGAAACUGGACCCCAGGGUCAGGCUGGCAGUGGAGGGUCAAAGGGGAACAGAGGGCCAGAUGGUCCGAAGGGCAGGCCAGGACCCAAAGGGCCCAGGGGGCGCGUAGGACAGCGUGGUCUGGUCGGUGUGUCAGGAAUGCCGGGGCUGCGAGGACAGCCUGGCACAGAGGGACCAGAAGGAAAGCCUGGUACACAGGGAGCAGCGGGUGCCCCUGGGAGUCCCGGCACUGAAGGGGAUCGAGGGAUGGGGGGUCUGAGGGGAGAGCCGGGACAGGGGGGUCCCCCAGGAUCUCCGGGUCCCCCAGGCCGGCCCGGACAGGAUGGGAGCCCUGGGCCUCUGGGCGAGAGGGGUUUCACUGGAAAGCCAGGCGUGGAGGGACCGCAGGGCCCAGUAGGCAUGUAUGGCUACCCUGGCCCAGUGGGUGAUCGGGGAAGACCUGGCCACAUGGGGGAAAGGGGGGAGCCCGGUGUUCGAGGUCCCUCUGGGCCCCCAGGAAAGAAGGGGACCCCAGGUUCUGCUGGACCUCCUGGGGAGAGAGGACCCAGUGGCCCCCAGGGAAUGAGGGGAGAGCCAGGCACUAAAGGCAUCGAGGGUGUACCUGGGCUGCCCGGGCCCCCCGGCCCAGAUGGUGAGAUGGGAAAGCCGGGCCCCCCAGGAGAUCAGGGUCCUCAGGGGCCACCGGGGAGCGAAGGCCCCCUCGGAUAUCCAGGGAAGGAGGGGCCGCGGGGCCCGGAGGGGGCAGCUGGAGAGAAGGGAGACAUGGGCAUCAUGGGACUGCCAGGUGACCCAGGCACUGCUGGACUGGAUGGGGAACAGGGUCUCCCAGGACAUACGGGGGCUGAGGGCCCUGCUGGGGUGAAGGGUGAGCAGGGAGACGCUGGCCCCAGCGGUCCAGCCGGCCCCGAGGGGGAGCCAGGAGCGCCGGGGCCCCCUGGCACGAAGGGGCUUCUGGGAGAACCUGGGCCCAUGGGAAAAGAGGGUGACGUCGGUGACCCCGGAGACAUUGGGGACCCCGGACCUAAAGGUGACAAGGGAGCAGUAGGCCCACUCGGACCCCCUGGCCAAGCAGGGCCUGCAGGUGCCGUCGGGCAGGUGGGAGACCGGGGACAGAAAGGGGAGAAGGGCCAUGCAGGUCUCCUGGGGCAGUCGGGGCUGAUGGGAGUGGCCGGUCUUUCUGGCUUCCCAGGACAGGCAGGUGAACCAGGUUCUCCAGGACCGCUGGGACUUGAUGGUUCGAAAGGAGAGAAGGGAGAAGCUGGGCUCAGAGGAGUAGCUGGUCAUUUUGGUGUUGCAGGUCCUGAGGGAGACCCCGGGGAGGACGGACAGAAAGGUGACCCAGGGAAACCAGGCCCUUUGGGCGCAAGGGGCAGAGAGGGAGCCCAUGGGGUCCCGGGCUCUAAGGGGGUCCCGGGCCCUGUGGGGCCCAAGGGCGAGCCUGGGGAGAAAGGGGCACCAGGAGAGCAGGGUCCGGAGGGUCUCCCGGGGAUCAGAGGGCCCCCAGCACUCCCUGGCCUCGAGGGGCCUCCAGGAGAGAUGGGCAGUCAGGGUCCUCCGGGAUCAGCAGGGCCAGAUGGGCUCACUGGACACCCAGGUCCUGAAGGCAGUAAAGGACGCAAAGGAGAGAAGGGGGAAGAUGGAGCUGAGGGAGACCCAGGGCAGCCGGGACCCCCAGGCAGGACGGGGAAGAAAGGAAAGGCUGGUUUGAGAGGGGCAAGAGGACCCAAAGGAGAAAAGGGGGUGACAGGAGAGAUGGGGCUGGAGGGUCCACCAGGAAGACAGGGGCCCUACGGGGUACCUGGUCUGAGAGGAGAGAAGGGGGUUCGGGGUGAAGCAGGGCAGAAGGGGGAGAAGGGGAAGAUGGGACCCCCUGGACCUUAUGGGGAUGAAGGAUUCAAGGGGAGACGGGGUCCCCCAGGGGAGGAGGGACCACAGGGAAUGAAGGGGGAGCAGGGGGAUAUCGGUCCUGCUGGCCCACCUGGAUCUCCAGGCCUCCCAGGGCUGCCUGGCUUGUUUGGAGAAAAGGGCCUUAAAGGCUUUGCUGGACCUCCUGGACUAAAAGGAGAGAAGGGACUUCCUGGGACACCAGGGCUCCCCGGUCCCCCAGGAGCCUCCAUAAAUAUCACCCUUGAGCAGCUGAAGGCCCUCAUGCACGUGUCGGACCAGCCCAAUUACCCACUGAUCCUGGCCCUCCUGGACGUCCUGCACCAGGAGGUCCGGCUGCUCGUGGACCCCCCUGACGGCACCAAGGAGCGCCCCGCCACGACCUGCCAGGAGCUGCGGCUCUGCCAGCCCCACUACACUGACGGCUUUUAUUACAUUGAUCCAAACCAGGGGAGCCCCGCGGACGCACUGCUAUUAUACUGCAACUUCUCCGGGGGUGGACAGACCUGCCUCUCACCAGUGCCAGAUCAGGUACCAGUGAGAGCGUGGCUGAAGGAUUAUGGGAAGGAGGAGUCCUUCGAGUGGCUCAGUGGAUUGCAGGAGGGUUUCCAGUUUGAGUACUCGGGGGCCAAUGUGGUGCAGAUGCGUUUUUUGAAACUCAACAGCAACUUUGCGACGCAGAAAAUCACCCACUCCUGCCACCCCGGCCUCACACAAAGCCAAAGGGAAAGCGAGAUCAAAUUCCUGGCAGAUUCCAAGCGGCAGAGUUUUUUGGGCACGCUGAAGGAGUGUUCGCCCCCGGACAGAUUGGAGGCCGGGCCUGGGUCUCGGGAGGCUGUUUUCCAGUUCGACACGGGGGACGUUGACCUGCUGCCUGUGAGGGACCUGGCAGUGUUUCACAGCGGCAACGACGGCCAGGAGUUCGGAUUCACCAUCGGGCCCGUCUGCUUCAGCUAGAGUGGAAACGUCCAGAGUGGGCUCCGAGCUGAGGAGUCGGUUAAACUCAACCUUAUUAUUCUCUCCGACACGCGCCGGACUUUGUGUAACUGUACAGCUGAUUUCUCCAAAUAUUCACUUCUUCACUGGGACAGUUAUCCGUGAAUCGCCUCAGAGCCUGGAUAGAAGUGGCGCUGAUUAAACGAGACCAGCUGUGUAAACGAAAGCUGGAACUAACCCCCGAUGGCACCAAGCCUCCCGAAGGUUGAAAGACCCCUGAUCUCGAGCGGGACACUGGAGGACGGGACGGAGGGAGUUUCUCGGUCUGUCUGGGCCUCUGGGUAGGGAGAAGAAGAGCUGGAGCCAGUCAGCGCCUCCCCUUUCUCCCUGCAGAGAAGGGUGGCUCUUCUGAAACGCCUCCUCAUGAGACUCGCCCAGAGGCCACGUCCUCCAGAAGAACAUGUUAAUAUUUUUUGUUUACAGAGACUUUUAUAUUAAGACAGGUGCUAAUUUAUAAAAUUAAGUUUUUUAAAAAAACACUAUACAUUUUUGAUGGUACCUUUUGUCAUUAACCCAGGUUUAUGGCAGUGACAUGUCUGCUGUAGAUUUUUUUUUUACUGUGUCUUCUCAGAUUAACUUCAGGUACUUUCAUGAACUAGUGGGACUUCAGGUUAUUUCAGGCUCACUUUAAUAUUGUAUGAUUUAACAAUGUGCUCUUAUCAGGGGCACAGCUAUUGUUCUACAAAAAGGGUGCUCACUAAGUACUAUGCUUUAUGCCUUUAAAUCAGCUGAGGAUCCUUGCGUUGCAUUUAUUAUCUUGUGCAAGUUCAUCAUCCUUGUGAAUUCACCUGCAUUGUGCUGUAAAUCCUGUGUGCAGAGGCUAAGCACUAGGAUUCAGUACAGACAGUGCUUUGCAAAUAUUCCUGCCUGAGACACAACUGCGUCAAGACUUUCUGUAGAAACAAAACCCAUCUACUGUCUCACAAGACACAGCUGUCUGCCGUUCAUUAAUGCUUUAUUUAGCACAUCAUAAAUCUGAGGACUAUGCAACAAAUGGGAAAAUUCAGGGUUUCAGAGCUUCGCAUUAUUGCUUUAAGAAUUCUGACUUAUAUGAACUAUGACUUUAUUAUGUAUUGAGUAAAAAAACACAAAUUAUAUGGGAUAGAGCACUUGGUUUCUAUGUAAUGCUGACCUGAAAUGUGAUUUGGAAACCACAAAUCCCCACCAUGUCUUUGACUGUGAUGGGGAAUUAGAGGCACAGAAAUGACACCAGUGAAUUUGCACUGGAGGAGGACAUCACAAUACACUCAAAAUAAGGGCUAGUGAUGGCUAGUAUUGUGACACAUUCUUCAGUGACGUGCAGUGGCAGCACAAUGUUGCAUGCGCAUAUGGACUCUGUUUGCAGGCACGUUGUCAGAUUAUAUUCAUUUCUGUGGGCCACUGUUAAUAAGUCAAAGGAAUUCGCUAUCCAGCUUGUUGACUCUGUCAAUAAAAGGUUUAGGCACACAAGACCAGGGGUUGCACUGACAAAAGCUGUUCUGCUAAGUUCACUGAAGUUUAGUGCAAUCUGUGUUUCCUUUUUUAUUUACAGAAAAGAGCUCCAGGAGCUAUACAGUUCAUUAAGAAUUUAUUUAAUACAGUGCCUUUAAAAGCAAAUUGCUCAUGAAUGUAUUCUGACAAACGUAUUAAAGAUUACAAGUAGAGCUUGUAUUUGCAUACCUUAUGCAGUACAGUGGUAUUAUAUAAAAGCAGACUUGCUUUUUUUUUAGCUUGCAGCUCAAAUUCUCCAGCUCAUACAACAAUACAUCAUCAGUUUUAAAAGCUGAGUAACUAAUCUGGUGGCAUUAUCUGUGCAGUUUGAUAAAAGCGUCGUGAAACUGCAUAUAAUUCACAAUUUAAGAAAACUGAAUUUAGCAAAUACAUUUUCACCCCCAAUUAAUUUUUCAUCUCAUUGUUUAGUUGUAUAUUUAUAGCAUAUACACUGUACCAUAAGAAGGCUUUCUGUGUUAAUAGUACUUCCUGCAGAAGGGAUCUCUAUGAUUCAGUUCACAGAUCUGUACAGACACUAGAUAAGCUCUGUUGUCUACAUGGUUCUUCCAGAUACCUGUACACCUCAUUGGUAGGCAGUGGCCUCCUGUAUUUCAUAACCUUUCCUUCUGAUUGGGAAGUUGAAUUAUUUUGCCUUAGCUGGCUGAGACGAAUCACUGGUGCUACAGUAUAUGCCACGUUGAACUAUGCCAUUAUUUCCUUUUUUGUAUAAUUUGCAUUUAUGUGGUUGUAAUUUUGUCUGAAAUUAAAAUAAAUGAUAUGCUGGUCAUUUGUUAUUAUAGAUUUAUAUAAGAUGGAAGGUGUCUUCUUGUGUGUUUGUAUCAUUGUAUCUUUGUUUUAAUAAACUGUAUAAAACGAA